CUCUUCAGUGCUUGCACCUGUCUGCAUGCAUUUCAAGGUGCAGCCUGUAGCCUAAACCACAUACGAUUUGUCAUGUUGUUGACGUUGAAUCAGAUUAGCUGUCCUGUGCAGAUGCCACUGACAUGGCGGAUGGCACCACUUCAUCAGACGUCGGGCCUCCUCCUCCUCCUCCUCCUCCUCCUCCUCCCCCCCCAGGUCCAAGCUCCUGGCGAGGAUGGUGACCUCCUGACCUGCGGCCAGUGCAGCCAGGCCUUCCCCCUCGCCCACAUCCUAGCGUUCAUCCAGCACAAACAGGGCGACUGCAGCUCCCGAAACCAAGCCCCAAACGUCAACGCCACUCCCCCCUCACCUGCCAACCGAUCGCAGCUGCGCGUCGCCAACGGCGAGCUGGGGCCGGGCUUCAUCGAGCUGAGGAGAGGGGGCAGAGCCUGUGGGGAGGAGCACGGCGUCAAGUUGAAGCCGGAGCACAGCAAAGCAGUGUCUGAGGAGCCUUCCUACUUCACCUGCCAGCAGUGUGAAGGCGUGUUUCCAUCUGCAUGGCUGCUCUUACAGCACGCUCAGCACGCGCACUCCUUCAGCAUCUACCAAGAGGACGAGGAGGAUGACACAGACAUGAGAGGAGGAAGAGGAAGAGGCCUUAAAGAGCACAAGGCUGCUGCAGCCACUCUAGACCCUCGCCACCUGAGCCAAGCUCUUGCUUCUGCCUUUCAGCCCUCCCUGCGCCUCAGUCGCUCCCGCCAGACACACACCGCCUCCUCUUUCAGUAACAGGCAGGCUCUGAACUUUUCAGUGCGGCUCAGGGAGCUCGCAGAGGGGAAUAACGACCCCACCGGCAGCUCCCCCGGAGGCCUGGUGCUGUCUCCGUCCUCCUCGCCACCAGCAGCUUCUCCCUUUCCUCAGACCAGCGCCCUCCAGGCUGACUUCCACUGCGAGCUGUGUGACCAGAACUUCCAGUCCCUGCGUGCCCUGUCCGCCCACCGCCGGACUCACUCGUGCGACAGGCCCUAUCACUGCGGAGUGUGCGGACAGGCCUUUGCCCAGAGCGGCCAGCUGGCACGGCACAUAAGGAGCCAUCACAGGGAGGCUGGAGGUGGAGGAAGUGGAUACGAGUCGGUGGAGAUGGUCGUGAUGGAGGAGGAUGUGGGGAGGCAGGGGAUGAGAGGGAGGUUUCAAAUGCAGCCAGGUGGAAUCCUCAUGGGAAAGGGAAUGGUCGGGGCAGAAGCGAGAGCCCAGGGUCCCUCAGAGUUAGACCUGACCCUGCCCAAACACCCGUCCAUAGCUUCAGGCCUGAUGCUGCUGACCUCGCAGGUUAGACCGGCAGACGGGGAGCUGCUGAGGCCAUAUCGGUGCCAGAGAGAAGGGGGAGAGGGAGGGGAGGAGGAGGCAGAGGGGCAGGGGGAGCCUCGGCACACCUCGCCCUGCGCCAGCCCCUCUGAAGGCUCCCUGGAGAGCGGAGAGACAGGGGGCAGCGGCGAGAGCGGUAUCGCUAGUGGCAACUGCACGCCCAAACGGCCAGAGAUGGGGGACAGAGUGCGAGGAGUCGGAGAGUGGGCGAACGAGGGAGGAGAGAUCAUGGAGAGGGAGACGGAGUGGAGCUCAGCCAACGUCAGCGAGGUUGUGCAGGAGUGGCAGAGGGAGAACGAGUGGAGGAGUCUAGGAGGAGGUGUCAGCGGCGGAGGAAACAACAACAACAAUACUACUGUCGGCUCAGCUGGAAAGAAGAAGAAAGACGAAGCGUGUGAAUACUGUGGUAAACAGUUCAGGAACAGCAGCAACCUUACUGUGCACCGCCGCAGCCACACAGGUGAACGGCCAUACCGCUGUGGCCUCUGCAACUACGCCUGCGCUCAGAGCUCAAAGUUAACGCGCCACAUGAAGACCCACGGCGCGCAGGGAGCCAAGGCUUCCUUUUUGUGUCAGCUGUGCACGGUACCCUUCACCGUUUACGCCACUCUGGAGAAACACCUGAAGAAAGUUCACGGCCUGAGCCACGCCAGCGUGGGAGCGUACGCACAGGCCAGCGCUGCAGACACUUUGGCUGCCAUAAAAGCUGGUGGAGAAGCCGCAGUGGUGGUGAAAAUGGAGGAGGAGGAUGCCAGUUUGGAUCAGAUAGAAAUGGAGAGCAAAAUUCCGAGUGAUGCGGCGAAAAGCAUGGAGGUGGAGGAGGGGCAAAGCCAAGCGGAGUAUGUGGAGAGCACGGGGAGUCCAGCCGUAGUGGCUGAUCUCCCAGCCGAGAGCAACGCGGAGGUGAGCUUAGCUUUAGCUUCUGCGCCAUGAGAGCUGCUCUCAUUCACUAAUUGACAUUAAAAUAGCACUGUAUAGGAUUUAAGUUGCCCAUUCAAAUAAAAAGAAUUUGCCCCAUCAUUGAACAGACGUCAAGUUAAACUGAAAUAUAGUUUAAAAAAAAAAGAGGAAAAAACAGAAAGAAGCUGCAGCAGUCCCGUCCUCUUAGCCAGCGCCGAGGCACACAGCAGCCACGUUGUUCAUGAUUGUAUGCGAAGCUGCUGGUUGAAACUAAGUGCCUACAGUUCUUUAAACCACAGAGCAAAAAAACAAGGCCAUGACAUUCAGCAGGGAGAUUACCAGAGCUCUUGAACAGGAAGUGAACCGCCACAGUCCACACAGACACAGGAAACUGAUCACCAUGUUGCAGUGCAGGAUGCAAAAGACGAGUGAUUUAGGUCUCUGGCGACCCACUGGACAGGUGGAGACAGAUAUUAACUGUCAGAUGAUACAGGGAUUAUAUUGAAUAUCAAAAAGCCUAGCAAAUAUCUUUCCAGUGUCGGCAGACAGAGAGGGGUCACAUUGUGUUUCCAAGCUGUUGCUGGUUUUCUUUUGAGAAGACCUUUUAAAGACUAAAGAUGUUUGACUCGAGGGUGAAAUGAAUCCAAACACUGUCUGCCUGCAGUUUCUCAGACUCCUCUUUUUAAAGGCGCUUGGUUGUCACAACACUUAGCGUAAUGUUUACAGGGCUCACGGGGCCUGGCAAGGUUGUGCUCCUGACUUUGUGACAGUAUGUAUGUAUGAUUUUCUGUUUUCUAAUUUUAUAAAUGUGAAUAGGAAGACUUUAAAAUCUCAUCUACUAUAUUCAUGAUUUGUUUCUAUGCAUAAAAAAGCAGCAAUUUUACCUACA